CUUGAAUGAAUACCUGCAAAGAAAACAACUUGAUGUUCACGUCAGAUUGUGGAACAACUGUGAGGUGGCAACCAGAUACCUGACUUCGACAUUCAUGGGUCACAGCACAGCGGACGACCUUAUGCAGAAGUUGACGGAAACACUCGCGUCUUUUCCCCUGAGCAAGAUUGUGCAGCUCUCGAUGGACGGCCCGAAUGUCAACUGGAGUCUUUUCAACAAGUUGCAGCAGCACAUGAAGAAUGACUUUCAAGUUCAGUGCUUGGAUAUUGGUUCAUGUGGCUUGCACACAGUGCAUAAUGCUUACAAAGCAGGAAUGCAUGCGACGAGCUGGCCAGUUGACACCUUUCUUUCGAGCUUAUUCUCACUCUUCCAUGAUGCACCGGCCCGCCGUGAAGAUUUUGUUGAAGAAACAAGGAGCAAGCUGUUUCCACUUCCUUUCGUACCCCACCGUUGGGUUGAGAACGUGCCAGUACUGGAGAGAGCCCUGGCUAUGUGGGAGCAUUUGAGGCACUACACCGAAGCAGUGAGCGAGCAUAGGCUACCCUUGCCGAAAUGUAGAGCGUAUGAGAACGUCAGUGAUUUCCUAAAGGACCAGCUUGCACUUGCGAAACUGAACUUUUCCCUAAACAUUGCAAUGGUUGUGCAGCCUUUCUUGACUGUUUUUCAGAGUGAUUCUCCAAAGACAUUUUUUUUAGCGAAAGAGCUCGAAACUGUCUUGAGGAGCCUCCUUGCAAAGUUCAUGAAGCGCUCGGUGUUGACAGAAGCCACGAGCAUCACGAAACUGCUGCGAAUUGAUGUUCAUGACACUGCCAAUUACACGUCACUUGAGAAGGUGGACGUUGGACGAAUGGCUGAGAAGAUCUUAAAGAGCGGAAAAGCGAGUACCAAGUGUGUUUUUGAAUUUAGGGGUGAGUGUCGGAAGUUCAUUGUGAACAUGAUCCUGAAAAUCAUGGAGAGAAGUCCUAUUAGGUACCCUCUGGUUCGAGGGUUGUCAUGUUUCGACCCCAGGGAGAUGUCAAAGACAGAAAUGUGCCUUGGGAAGCUGAAAGUUGUUCUUAACUGUUUAAUUGACAGCAAGCUUUCUUUCUGA